GACAUGUUUGACGAAGCCGGUCCAUUGCUUAUGAGGGCCGAAGCCAUAGGAAAGAAAGCUUUUGGUCCGGAUCAUCCGGACGUGGCCGUGGUUCUCAACAACCGGUCAUCGUUUUUGGCGCGCCAGGUGAGGAGACUCAGGCGUGUAAACAACGCGUUUCUAAUUGUGGGGCUAGCCUCGAACGUUCACCAUUCACACCGUUACCUCAAGGCUAGUUUUGGGCCCGAAGUCUUAAUCCUCUCGAUGAUAGCAUACAAGCCCAAUCGCUCGCCUAACUGCUUCGUUUCCCAGGGCAAUUAUGCUGAGGCAAAAAUUUUGUUCGAGAGCUCGCUGGCUAUUCAUGAAAAAGUGCAUGGCCGUGAUCAUCCGGAGGUUGCGACAGUCCUUGAAAACAUUGCGGAGCUUCUGAUGGAACAGGAGAUGUAUGAGGAGGCUGAGCCCUUGGUUGUGAGGUGUCUGGCCAUACGACAAAGUGCCCUGGGCCCAGAACAUCCGGAUGUGGCAUCGUCAUUACAACGCCGGGCGUCGUUGCUAGACGUGCAGGGCAAACAUGACAAGGCCAAGCCCCUGUUGGAGCGCUCGGUGGCGAUCAACGAGGCUACCUUUGGCUCGGAGCAUCCCCAUGUCGUUGCAUCCCUCAACGAUUUGGCGGCGGUCUUGGAGAAGCAAGUGGGUGUUUUUCCUUGA